AAAGAAGAAAAUGUGCGGAAAACUGAGAGAAUGUGUAGUGGCAAAUGAAGAUUCAAGCAGGAAAUAUAGAAGCUGCAACGUUUGUGUAGAGGAAAACAAAGUCUGCAAAUGUGUAGAUGAUGAUGCUCAGCGCCACCCACAAGCCAAUAGUUCAUUUUCUCACGCUGUUCUCAACAUGAUUGGCAUGCUCAUUGGUUUGGGACAGUUAUCAACUCCAUAUGCCCUACAAAAUGGAGGAUGGUCUUCCAGUUUCCUUCUAAUCGGACUCGGAAUAAUCUGUGCUUACACCAGUCAUAUUCUGGGAAAAUGUCUUGACAAAAACCCUAAGCUAAAUAGUUACACAGAUAUCGGCCAUGAAGCCUUUGGGAAAAAAGGAAGAAUAAUAGCUGCAACCUUCAUCUACAUUGAAAUUUUCAUGGCUCUUGUUUCCUACACCAUUUCCCUCCAUGAUAAUCUCACUACCGUCUUCUCCGGCAUCACCACCUUCGAGAAUAUUCCGGCACCGAUCACGACGUCUCAGUUGUUAACCACGAUUGCCGUGUUGAUAGCUCUUCCAAGUAUAUGGCUCAGGGAUCUCUCCUCCAUUUCUUUUCUUUCUUUUGGUGGGAUUCUUAUGUCGCUCGUCAUCUUCGGUUCUGUCUCCUUCACUGCAAUUUCUGGAGCUGUGAAACCUGUACAGAGUAUACCAGUUCUGCAACUACGUAAAAUUCCAGCCAUUUCUGGGCUUUAUGUCUUCAGCUAUGCAGGUCAUAUUGUUUUUCCGAACUUAUACAAGUCCAUGAAAGAUCCUUCCCAGUUCACAAAGGUAUCAAUAGUGAGUUUCACAUCAGUGACAAUAUUGUACACCGGACUAGGAUUUCUGGGUGCAAAAAUGUUUGGAUCAUCCGUAAAUUCUCAGAUCACCCUAAGUCUACCAACUCAUCUGGUCAUCACCAAGAUUGCAUUAUGGGCAACUGUACUUACACCCAUGACAAAAUAUGCUCUGGAAUUUGCUCCAUUUGCAAUCCAACUUGAGCAGAAUCUUCCAGCUUCCAUGGCUUCCAGAACGAAGAUGAUAGUGAGAAGUUCCACAGGUUCAAUUUUCCUCAUCCUCAUUCUGGUUCUAGCUCUAUCUGUUCCUUACUUCCAGUACGUCCUCAAUCUCACUGGUUCAUUAAUCAGUGUUUGUAUCAGCAUUAUAUUACCAUGCAUCUUCUACCUCAAGACCUGUUGGAGGAGUAGCAGUAAUCAGAUUAUAUCAAAACCUGUUUUGAUUCUUAAUUUGAUUCUCAUUGCUUUUGGUUGUGUUAUUGGAGCAUUGGGAAGUGUUUCCUCUUUCAAGUUACUUGUGGAACACCUCAACAGAUCUCAUUCCUCCAGUACUUAACCCUUAUAUAUAUAGAUAUAUAUACAUGUAUGUAUGUAAUAGUUUGUAGAACUUAACUGGGAAUUUCUUUUUCUUUUAUGGGAAAGAAUGUAAUCGGGUAGUUUAAGUAGUGCUACGAGUACAAAAGUUUUG